AUGCGUGAGCUUCAAGAGCAGAAUGUUGAACAACAAAAACAAAUUGACAAACAUCAACGUUUGCAAGUAGAAGCACAGGCUCGGGAGGUCGAGCUGAAACAACAACUGGAAGAUCGAGAGCGCGAGCUCAUACAUCAUAUGGAGGCCAGAGAGAGGAAGUUGAGGGAGCAGCUCGAGCUCUUAAGAAACAAUGUCACUGGAGCUGAUACCACCAGAUUGAUGCCUAAGAUGUUCCAACCAUUCUCAGCGGAAAUACAAGUGGUGGAAAUCCCUCGUAAUUUUCGGGAACCCACCAUUGAUUCGUAUGACGGGACGAGUGACCCACAUGGUCACGUUUCGACUUUCCAAACACAAAUGUUCAUAAGUGGAGCUGAUGAUGCGUUGAGCUGCAAAAUCUUUGUUGGGACCUUGAAGGGUGUAGCACAUAAGUGGAUUGCAGGGCUGCCUGCCAGAUCAGUCACAAAUUUUGAGGACAUGGCAACCCGUUUCGUUGCCCAAUUUGCAGCAAAUAUUGAGAAGCCUUUCCUAUUAGCGGAUUUGUUCGAUAUCCGCCAGCGCCCCAUAGAAUCCUUGAAAAGCUAUCUAGCUCGAUUCAACAAUGCCACUCUCAUGGUGAUGGAGCCCAAUGAAGAUAUUUUUGUUAUGGCAUUUGAGAAGGGUCUGAACUCGGGAGCUUUUAGUGAAGCUUUAACUUUGCGCAAGGAACAUUCCAAGAAUGAGAUUCGGAUGAGGGCAGAGAAGCACAUCGAAGCCGAGGAGAUAACACGAGAGAAGGGAUCCAGGGAGAUACGAAACAGAGACCGAGCUAACGAGGAUCGUCGGGAAGGAGUGAUGAAAAGGCUAGGGGGAGAAGGGUUCUCAAGAGGUGCCCAACUGGAUCGAGGAGGCCGACCAGAGCGUGAAGUCUCUACCAGAAGAAACCCAUGGGAAGAAAAUUUCCCUCCUCAAAUACUCAAGGAGGUCAUGAACACUCAAAUUAUCAAGCGACCACCUCCAAACCCUCGUCCUAUGGGGAGUGAGGCAAGAUUAUGGUGUGAGUACCAUCGCACACAAGGACACGAUACUGACAACUGUCGUACCCUUAAAAUGCACAUUGAAAAGUUGAUACAAGAGGGUCACCUGGGGCGAGGCUACCAUAACAAAAGGACUGCUCCCAGUAGAAAUUCAAGUCGAUCCUCGAAGCGAGGUCGUGGAAAGGAGAAGCCUCAGGACAAAGAAGUUGAGGGAGGACACGAAAGGAACAACAGAGGCACGGUCAACACUAUAGUAGGGGGAUUUUCCGGAGCUGGGUCUACUAGCUCGGCCAGAAGAAGAUAUUCACGCUCCAACCAAUCUUGCAACAUGGUGGGAGUGUAUGCUUUUAAAGAGCACCCUCAACUAGCUUUCACCUUCAAUGAUUUUGAAGGAAUGUAUCCUCAUGAUGACGACCCUUUAGUUAUCUAUGUAUUCACGGUUGGUUUCCAAAUCAAACGCACAAUAGUAGACACAGGUAGCUCGGCGAAUGUAUUGUUUUGGGAAGUAUUCAAAAAGCUAGAUCUUCCCAAAGAGGUUAUGAGGGAGCACCGAGGAUUUGCUGGAGAAUUGAUGAGUCAAUAA